CAUAAACGUGCGCGCAGAGUGUUGUUUACUAACGGAGACUUCGCUUCCACAGUGUCAAAAUCAACUUGUCCUCCGUAUGAAUGAGUUAAUACAAACGUGCGGUGGUUGUUGGAACGUGUGAUGGCGGAUCCUGCGGUGGCAACGGGAGCAUCGCUGGCUGCUGGCGGGCGUGCAGUUGGCAAUAAAGCUACCAGCAGCCCGGUGGAGAACUAUCAUAUGGCUCGACGGCGGACCCUCCAGGUGGUGGUGAGCGCGCUUCUGACAGAGUGCGGCUUCGACUGUGCCGAAAAAGCAGCCGUGGAAACACUCACCGAGAUGAUGCAGAGUUAUAUAACAGAAAUUGGGCGCUGUGGUAAGUCGUAUUGUGAGCACACAGCCAGAAGCCUCCCGACUCUCUCGGACACUGUAGUGACGCUUAUUGAAAUGGGAUUCAAUGUUGAGACGCUGCCCGCAUACGCCAAGCGCUCCCAGAGGAUGGUCAUCACCGCACCUCCAGUCACCAACCACCCGAUGACACCCAAAGCGCUGUCGGCUGGACAGAAGCGCAUUCACCCGCCUCACAUCCCCAGCCACUAUCCGGAGUUCCCCGACCCACACACCUACAUCAAAACCCCCACAUUUCGGGAACCAGUCUCAGACUACCAGAUGGUGCGUGAGAAAGCAGCGACGCAGAGGCGGGAUGUGGAGCGAGCGCUCACCCGCUUCAUGGCCAAGACCAGCAAAACGCAAAGCCUCUUCAAAGACGACAUCACCUCUUUCCCAUUGAUCGCAGCGCAGCCAAGUGCCGUCCCUUACCUCGGUGCCCUCCUGCCUUCCGAACUGGAGCUGCAGACUCUGGAGGAAGCGGACUCGUCAGAGCAGGACGACCAGACGGAUGGCGAGAAUGCUGCCGCCGGGAACAUCUUGAGUGAUGACACGGUGGUGGACAAAGAGAACACCAUGCUUCCUCCAGGCGGCGCUAUUCCCUCCACCAAGGGCAACGAGGACAACGUGAUCGACAACCCGUACUUGCGACCCGUCAAGAAGCCCAAAGUCAGGAGGAAGAAAUGAACAAACUGUUGGACUAUCCCUUUCAGUUGUCAUGGUAACCUGGAUUGGUCUACUCAAAAGAACAUUGUGUUUGAUUCCAUCUUAUUUUUUUCUUCAGUUCUUGAAGCACGCGUUGAAAGGCAUCUCUUUGUCAUUUGGUAUCACAGAUUUUUUGUGAAUAAAUGUUAUAAAAAUAAAAUUUUCCUUUUUGUAUCCCUUUUAUAGUUGAAUACAUCAAAACGGGUGCCACAGUGAGGUUUUUUUUUUAUUUCUUUUUUUACUGGUUCCAAAUCAGUCCUUAGCGUGUCUAUGACUUUGUGUUCCCAAUUAAAAGUAUGACGGCGUGUAUGCAUAUAUACGCCUAAAUAUUGUUAUCCAA